GAAGAAGAACCCACUGAUGAACAAAGAAGAUUGGAAUUGGUCAGAACUGUCACCGAACUUAACUCCCAGAGUGUGUUAGACCGUUUAGAAACUUUAUCCAGACAAUUGUCGCAACACACUACCAGAGAUGGUAAGAUUGUCAUUGACCCCCACGAUUUCGACUUGCACAAGAUUUUGGCAAACUUCGUCUAUCUUGCCUCAAACCAGGGUAUCAGAUUGAGACAGUCCGGGAUUUCCUUCAAAGACUUGUCCGUUUUUGGUGUAGAUGAAUCCUUUGCUGUUGUCCCAACUGUGUCUGAAUUGGCCAAAGGUCCAGUAGGUGCAAUCCAGGCUGCAAUGGCCAAAAGAAAGGUCCCCGACAGAACUAUUCUUAACAAACUCAAUGGUUUGGCCAGGCCGGGUGAAAUGAUUUUAGUGUUGGGUAGACCAGGAGCUGGUUGUUCAUCAUUCUUGAAGGCUUUGAGUGGAACCGAUUUUGACUUGUUUAAAGGUGUGGAAGGAGACAUCAGGUACGACGGUAUAGACCAAAAGACGAUGUUGAAGAACUUCAAGAGUGAGUUGAUCUAUAACCCGGAAUUGGAUAUUCAUUUCCCUCACUUAACUGUGGAACAAACUUUGAAGUUUGCUAUUGCUUGUAAAACUCCCAACAUGAGAGUUAACGGAGUUUCUCGUGGCCAGUUCAUCAAUGCCAUGAAGGAAAUUUUAGCUACUGUAUUCGGAUUGAGACACACCUAUCACACUAAAGUCGGUAAUGAUUUCAUAAGAGGUGUCUCUGGUGGUGAAAGAAAGAGAGUUUCUAUCGCAGAAGCCUUGGCAUGCAGAGGUUCCAUUUACUGUUGGGAUAAUGCCACUAGAGGUUUGGAUGCCUCAACUGCCUUGGAGUACGCCAGAGCCAUCAGAACAUCCACUAAUUUGUUGAAAACUACAGCAUUUGUAACUAUUUACCAGGCUGGUGAACAGAUUUACGAAACAUUUGACAAAGUCACUGUUUUGUAUAAGGGAAGACAAGUCUAUUUCGGACCAAUCUUGGAAGCCAAGGCUUACUUCGAGAACAUGGGAUGGCAAUGCCCUGCCAGACAGUCUACAGCAGAGUUCUUGACUGCUAUCACCGAUCCUUUAGGUAGAACCGCAAAGCCAGGAUAUGAAGACAAGGUACCUUCUACAGCUGAAGACUUCGAACGUUACUGGUUGAACUCACCAGAGUACAAGAAGAUGAUUGACGAGAUUGAAGACUACAACAAUGAAGUCAAUAGUGACGAAACCCAAACUAAGUACUACGAAUCGAUCAACCAGGAAAAGAUGAAGUACGCCAGACCACAAUCCAAAUUUACCAUCAGUUUUGUCGAGCAAUUACGAUUAACUACUCUCAGAGGUUUCCAAAGAAUCUGGGGAGACAAAGCUUAUACGGUGACGUUGAUUGGGGCUGGUGUCUCACAAGGUUUGGUUGCUGGUUCACUUUAUUACAACACACCUGAAACUGUUAGUGGUGCAUUUUCCCGUGGUGGUGUAGUUUUCUUCGGGGUUUUGUAUGUUUCGUUGAUGGGUUUAGCAGAAGUUUCUGCAUCGUUUGCUAACAGACCAAUCUUGAUGAAACACAAGAAUUAUUCUAUGUAUCAUCCUGCCGCCGAUGCUGUGGGAAGUUUCAUUACGUCUAUUCCUGUUGCUUUCUUGGUAUCGUUUUUCUUCUUGAUUAUUCUUUACUUCUUGUCCAACUUGGCCAGAGAAGCAGGUAAGUUCUUCACGGCUCUUUUGUUUGUGUUUUUAUUGCAGUUGACUAUGUCGGCUUUGUUCCAGGCUGUUGCUUCGUUGAAUAAGACCAUUUCGAGUGCUAAUGCCUUUGCGGGUGUUCUUGUUCUUGCUUCGCUUAUGUACUCGUCUUACAUGAUCCAAAGACCUUCAAUGCACCCUUGGUUCAAGUGGAUUUCCUAUAUCAACCCCGUGUUAUAUGCUUUUGAAGCAGUUGUUGCUACUGAAUUCCAUGGACGUCAUAUGUUGUGUGAUGGACAGUAUUUAGUUCCUAGUGGUCCUGGCUUUGAGAACUUGUCUCCUGGUGAACAGGCUUGUUCAUUCAAAGGGUCCGUUUUGGGUCAGACUUGGGUUUUAGGUGACGAAUACUUGAAGACAGCUUAUACUUACAGCUUCAGUCAUGUCUGGAGAAAUUUUGGAAUCAUGAUUGCCUUCUUGAUUUUCUUCGUUACUGUCACUGCUUUAGGUACUGAAUUUGUAAGACCCAUUACUGGUGGCGGUGACAGAUUAUUAUUCUUAAAGGGUAAGGUGCCAGAUCACAUUGUUUUGCCUCAGGAUAGAUCUGCUUCGCCAGACGAUGAAGAAGGUCUCUCUGGCAAGUACGACAACGAACUCGGUAGUGAAACUACUGCCGAGAAGCAUGCUAAGAACAAUGUAUUUGAAGACUUGAAAUCGAAAGAUAUCUUCGUUUGGAAGAACGUUGACUAUGUGAUUCCGUACGACGGUAAGGAGCGUAAGUUGUUAGACGAUGUGUCCGGAUAUUGUAUUCCUGGCACUUUGACGGCUUUGAUGGGUGAAUCUGGUGCCGGUAAGACCACCUUGUUGAACACGUUGGCUCAACGUAUCGAUAUGGGUGUUGUUACUGGUGACAUGCUUGUCAACGGAAAACCUUUGGAUUUGUCAUUCAGUCGUCGUACUGGGUAUGUGCAACAACAGGAUAUCCAUGUCGCGGAAGUUACUGUGAGAGAAUCGUUGAGAUUCUCAGCCCGUUUGAGAAGAUCCAACGAUAUAAGCGACGCUGAGAAGUUGGAGUAUGUUGAAAAGAUUAUCCACGUUUUGAAUAUGGAAGACUACGCUGAUGCUUUGGUAGGUAAGUCAGGUUCUGGUUUGAACGUUGAACAAAGAAAGAAGUUGUCUAUUGGUGUUGAAUUGGUUGCAAAGCCUUCCUUAUUGUUGUUCUUGGAUGAGCCUACUUCUGGUUUGGAUUCUCAAUCUGCUUGGGCUAUCAUAAAGUUGUUGCGUGAUUUGGCCAACGCUGGUCAAUCCAUCUUGUGUACCAUCCAUCAACCUUCUGCUACUUUGUUUGAGGAAUUCGACAGAUUGUUGUUGUUAAGAAAGGGUGGUCAGACUGUCUACUUUGGUGACAUUGGUGAUCAGUCUAGAGUUAUUUUGGACUACUUCGAACGUAACGGUGCUAGAAAAUGUGGAUCUCAAGAAAACCCUGCUGAAUAUAUCUUGGAAGCUAUCGGUGCCGGUGCUACUGCCUCCACGGAGUACAACUGGUUUGAUGUUUGGUCUGGCUCUGCAGAGAAGAAAGAAACCGAUAAGGUUCGUGACCAAUUGAUAUCUGAUUUGGCUUCCAAGCCAAAUGACGAAUCAGGCUACACUGCAAGAGAAUUGAACCAAAUGAAGAACCAGUAUGCUACUCCUUACUGGUACCAGUUUUGGUAUGUUCUUGAAAGAAAUGCUUUGACGUUCUGGAGAGAUCCUGAGUACAUUGCUUCUAAGGUCUUCUUGAUGACUAUGUGUGGUUUGUUUAUUGGGUUCACUUUCUUUGGCUUGAAGCACACGAUGACCGGAGCCCAAAAUGGUAUGUUCUGUUCUUUCUUAGCUGUCGUUGUAUCUGCUCCUGUUAUCAACCAGAUUCAAGAAAAGGCAAUCAAGGGACGUGACUUGUUCGAAGGUAGAGAAAAGUUGUCUAACACUUACCACUGGUCAUUGAUUAUGAUUUGUCAGGUAAUUGUUGAAAUGCCUUACUUGGUAUUUGGUGCUACUCUUAUGUUCGUCUCUCUUUACUUCCCCACCCAAGCUGAUACCUCCGGUCCUCAUGCUGGUGUCUUCUACUUGGCACAAGGUAUCUUUUUGCAAUCGUUUGUUGUCACAUUUGCCUGUUUGGUUCUUUACGUGGCACCAGAUUUAGAAACUGCUGCGGUCUUGGUUUCUUUCCUUUACACCUUUAUCGUCGCAUUCAGUGGUGUUGUGCAGCCGGUGCAUUUGAUGCCCGGUUUCUGGACCUUUAUGCACAAGGUCUCUCCCUACACCUAUUUCAUUCAAAACUUGGUUGCUUCCUUCUUGCACGGCCGUCCUAUUCACUGUAGUGAAAAUGAGCUUGCUCUCUUCAACCCACCGGAAGGCCAAACCUGUCAAGAGUUUGCUGGUAGCUUUGUUGCAGCCAGUGGUGGAUACUUGGACAAUCCAAAUGCUACAACUCAAUGUGGUUUCUGCUCCUUCAGCAAUGCGGACCAGUACUUGUUGACUAUUGGAGCCAAGUAUUCCUACGUGUGGAGAAACGUUGGUUUCUUCUGUGUGUACUUCAUCUUUAACAUCGCUCUCGUGUUGUUCCUUUACUACAGUUUCAGAUACAAGAGAUUCAACCCAUUUGCUAUCUUUAAGAAGAAGUGA